GAGAAGCACGCACAGGUACAAAGCCAACGACUAGAUCUUCUCUUGUACUCCAAAAAUAAUUCAUUCAUUGUCCAUCUUCUCUCUCCCUUUUACUGAACAUUAAACAGUAAACAUUAAACAUUGCACUCUAGACUUUACACUCUCCGUUUCUUCUUGUGAUUCUUCUUCAAUUCGAGUAAAUAUUGAUACUUCCUCUCCUUGCCAUCUCCAAGAUACAAAGUAUAUUGUGAUACCUACUAAAGUUGCACGACCGAUAAUGAUUCAAGCAUUGCGAUAAACGAGAUCCAAAACAAACAAGCUACCACUGAUUCCUCCCCUUGAAUCUAUAAAAGCAUGCGAUGCUGGCGUUGAACGAAUUUCACGAACAAUUAUAAUGUCAUCAAAUUACCAAAACUUACAGCCGCAUGCGCGCGAUUCUUUAGAAUUAGCUAGUCUGGCUUCGAGUUCUCCAGGCGCGAGAUCAUCAACAGAUUCGGCUUCCUCAAGUGCCGGCAUAUCCUCCUCGCGAAAGUUAUCCCUCGAAGAAGACGAUCCUUUGGAUGAUCGAAACCCUGCUGCGAAUGGUCGUUCCGGAGGACAUAGUAGAACGUAUUCCGUCUCGUCCGCCUUUGAUUUCUCUUCCAACCUUUUCCCUCUAUCUUCCACCGCAGGAGGUUAUGCGCCUAUUGGAGCCCCUAUAUCUACAACAAAUGGUCGGGCCACCUUAGGAGGGGGCUCGUUGGAGAAGCACAAGACUUUGACAUAUCUGAAUGGGUUAUCAUUGAUAGUUGGCUUGAUAAUAGGGUCAGGGAUCUUCUCCUCGCCGAGUCAGGUCAAUGCGAAUGCAGGCUCACCAGGCGCAUCAUUAGUGGUAUGGGCAAUAGCAGGAAUAUUAGCAUGGACAGGAGCCUCGAGUUAUGCGGAGCUAGGAGGAGCAAUACCGUUGAAUGGUGGUGCACAAAUAUAUCUCUCCAAGAUCUUUGGGGAGAUUUUUGGUUUUUUGUUUACAUGGUGUGCGGUCAUCGUUUUAAAGCCUGGAUCUACUGCCAUUGUAUCAAUAAUCAUGGGGGAAUAUUUGGUACGGGCAUUCAUUGGAGCAGAGGCUGAGAACGUGAACGUUUGGAUUAAUAAGAGCGUGGCAUUGAUUGGAUUGUUUUUCAUCACUUUUUUGAAUUGUAUAUCUACAAAGUUGGGCACGAGGAUGGGGGAUAUAUUUAUGUUUAUGAAGUUUAUUGCAUUGCUUGGAGUUACGGUCAUUGGAGUUGUAGUAGCCCUUACUGGCUUCUCUACGUCAGGCGAAGCGAAUGAGGAUUGGAAGAAUCAUGGAUGGUUCGAGGGAACUAGUAGUAGCGCUUCAUCAUGGGCCGUCGCAUUAUAUGCCGGAUUAUGGGCCUUUGAUGGUUGGGAUAAUGUAAGUCUUCCAACUUUUUGGAGCAGAAUGUUCAUUGACUUUCGUAGACAAAUUACGUUGUUGGAGAGUUCCGGAAUCCUACUCGGGACCUGCCAAGGGUCAUUCAUACAGCCAUGCCAUUGGUUAUUCUCUCCUAUAUUCUCGCUAAUGUCGCCUAUUUCUUCGUCCUACCUUUGAAAGCUAUCAAUUCUUCAAACACGGUUGCAGUUAUAUUUGGAAACAAGGUAUUUGGUCCUAUUGGAUCAUUAAUACUUGCUCUCAUUGUCAGUGCAAGCUGUUUUGGAGCUCUAAAUGCGACCGCCUUCACCAGUGGGCGACUAGUUUACGCGGCCAGUAAAGAAGGGUAUUUACCUGCCAUGUUUGGCAAGAUUGGUUUCGGAAGCCAAGCAGAGCCAUCAGCCAACACACUCCGAACACGCAAUUGGGCAUCAAAGAAAUUAGCCAGAUUAUUCGGCGAUGAAGAUACUGGACUAUUCUUUACACCCGUUAACGCCAUGAUCCUCAACGCACUAUUAACAGCCAUCUAUGUAGCCGUCGGCGAAUUCGGUACCCUAGUAACCUUUUACGGAGUCGCCGGAUACACAUUCUACUUUUUCACAGUCCUAGGACUAAUCGUCCUUCGCGUCCGCGAACCUAAUCUCGAGCGUCCAUAUAAAACUUGGAUCACUACUCCUAUUAUCUUCUGCUGCGUGAGUCUAUUUCUCCUCAGCAGAGCAGUUUUCGCGGAACCUCUUCAAACUGUCAUUGUUAUAGCUUUCGUACUGGCUGGCGUACCGAUUUAUUACUGGCGGAUUCGUGGACGUGAUCAGGUUACUAAGAGGGAGAGAAGUAGUAGUGGGAGUGGGAGGAGUAGUUGGAAGUUUUGGCAACGAAAUUCUUCGUGAUUUUAUGCGUGCUUUUUGUAAAGAAUGCGGGGAUAUUAGAUUAGGGUUGAUGUUUUUCAAUGGAAUUGCUGACGAAGAUGGAUCAUGGAUCAUGGAUGAAUGAUUGAAUGAAUGAUUGAUUGUUUGAUAGAUAUAUACAUACGAGGAAGAAAGAAAGAAAAGAAAGAAUA